AACGGUGUACCGGGCAAGCGGGGCCGCAGCUGCGAGCGCUCGCUGGCCCCGGCUGGCCCCGGCUGGCCCCGGCCUUGCUGAGCGGCGGCCGAGCUCGGAACAUCGCCGGGCUGCCGGCCGCCAAGCAUGCUCGCCCUGAGAGUGGUGCCAGUGCGAGAAGGCUGCCGGCUGCCCCGCCCCACCGCGGUGGACAGCCCGGAGACGCGGCUAGCCUCAGCCGAGAGCUCGCGUCCACCCACGGCCGUCGCUGGCUCCCACACUGCCCGCUGCCCCCGCUGGCCCAGACAUCCUCCUUGGUGCCGUGGGUCCGGCACCUGAAGAAGCCCAUCUCCUCUGUACAGCUGCGGGGACGAAGAAGAAGAAGAAGAAGAAGAAGAAGAAGAAGAAGAAGAAGAAGAAGAAGAAGAAGAAGAAGAAAGAAGAAAGAAGAAGAGGAAGAAGAAGAAGUGGCUUUUCUAGACAGUCUCAUAGAGCCCAGGCUGACCUCAAACCUGCUUCAUAGACAUGAGUGAUCUUAAAGUUCUCAUUCUACUUCCAUGUUAGUGCUGGAUUACAGCAGACAUCAUAUGGACAGAGUCUCUCUUUGUAGCCCUUGCUCUCUGAGAAUGUAUUAUGUAGCCGAGUAUGGCUUCGAGCUUACCAGCUUGCGGCUGUCUUCUGAGUGCUGGGGUUAAAGAUAUUCACCACAAUGUCUGGCUCUCAAAGGUGGACUUUUAAACAAACUUUUAUCAUCAGAAAUUUUAAGAAUAGAUAUAAAUCUAGAGGUUAGAGUCUUCAUGUAUUUAUUGUAAAGAUGUUCUAGGAAAACCCAGUUUUAAGAACGUUGUUUUCUGACACAGCAGGACAAAAUGCUUGAGGAAGACAUUGUAGUCUGAGGUGUUCAGAAGUCCAUUUGUGUGCCCUCAUUUUCCCACUCUCACCGGCAAGCAGUGUUGUCUCUGCCACUCACUCCUGUCCUGGGGCUGUUGAAAGGCUGGCUUGAAGCUGAAAGUUAUCCAGUCAUCUCUACUGCUAUAGAUAAAAGAAGUUCUUAGAAUGGAGUCUGGAUUGUGAUUCUAAGAGUCUUUUUUUUUUUUUUUUUUUUGAGCCAGGAUCUCACUUUGUCCUUCCGGCUGUCCAGGAACUCACUGUGUGGGCCAGGCUAGCCUUGAACUCACAGAACUCAGCCUGUCUGUCUCCUGUGCUGGGACUGAAGUGUCUCCUUCUCAUCCGGGCUAUUGAAAGAAGAGAAAAUGUCAAUGCUAUCUCCUGAGAUCAAAUUUGAGACUUCUAAUGCCACCAGAAGCAACCUGGACAACUGCUUUCUGUUUGAGAGCAGUUGGAGGAAGGCAGUUUUGGAAACACAGAAGAUGAGGAAAGCAUUUGGUCUAGAAGAGCCCAAGGAAUGUCUCAAAAUGCCGUAUUUACCAGAAUUGUCAAAGAGCUCAAGUUCAUCUUCACUAGAGGCUCACAAGCGCCUGCUGCACACGGACGCUGAGAUCCCUCCCAUCAGGAUAAAGAAGACCAAGGAGUCGUGCAGUAUGGCAGCAUUUCAGGAGAAGUCAAAAGGCUCUGUCUUCAGUGACCCUUUCACAGGAGCACCCUCUGACUUCUUACAGAGGCUUUCCAGAAUGGCCAUACUGGAGUAUGACACUAUUCGCCAGGAAACACACAAGAAAUUGAGGAGAGGAAAGAAGCGAGAUCUCCGAGACUGCUAACGGGUUCCAAACCAUGUGAUGCUUUCUUCCCUGGGUUUGUGGUGCACAUUUGCCAUGUUUCUCUUUUUUCCUUUCACUUUUUUGAUAUGUGAUGUGAUAUACAUACAAAUGAAAUGUAAAUAGCAAAUAAAUAUUUUAUGUUAUAUA